AUGAAGAAGUUUGGACGGCAAAGUUUAAACUCAAUGGCUAUGUCAUCAACGGAUAGGAUACGAUUCUAUUUUAUUCUUGCUGUUGCCUCUUGUACUUUGAUUUUUGUGGUUCACAAACAAAGGUAUUAUUUCACGUUCCAAACAACCUUUUUCGGAUCAGAAUUUAAUGACUUGAGAGCAGCAGGAAAUAAAACAAGGCCGCACAUUAAACUGAUUAUUGCAGACGACUUAGGAUAUAAUGACGUAGGAUACCAUGGAUCUCGAGUCAAAACUCCAAAUAUAGACAAGCUAGCGUUGUCUGGUGUUAGACUAGAAAACUAUUAUGUUCAGCCAAUUUGUACGCCUACAAGAGGUCAACUUCUCACAGGAAGACAUCAGAUAUACACAGGCUUACAAUGGGUACUUUGGCCAUCUACACCAUUAGGACUAGACUUGGAUAGCACCACGAUUGCCGAUAAGCUGAAAGAGGCUGGUUAUGCUACACAUAUUGUUGGAAAGUGGCAUGUUGGGUUUUACAAAAAAGAAUAUUUACCUACGAAUCGGGGUUUCCAAACUUUCUUUGGUUUCCAAUCUGGUCACUCCAAUUAUUUUACCCAUGAAACAGUUGACGAAAACAUGAAAGGAUACGAUUUGAUGGAAAAUGACCAACCAGCUAAUAUCUCGAAGUAUCUUGGUGUAUAUUCGACCAAUCUCUUUACCAACAGAGUGAAAAGUAUCAUUCAUACGCACGAUAAAUCAAAGUUAAGUCAGACACAUUUAACCCUUAUAGGUAGUCUCACUGUAAUGCUUUCCCACCAAAAAAUCCAACAUCGGCCAAUAAAUCAACAUCUGUGUAUUAGUUUAAAUAUUACUUUAAAUAACAACAUCAUUUAUGUGUUACAAAUUUAUACAUUAAAUGAGUUUGUUUUUGUUUAUUUGAAAGGACAAGUAUCAUGUAUUGAUGAGGGUAUUGGAAGUGUUGUCGAGUCUUUAAAGCAAAGUGGAAUGUGGGAUAACACUGUGCUUAUUUUCACAACCGAUAAUGGAGGCCAAUUAAAUGAAGGGAGUAGCAAUUACCCGUUGAAAGGUGGGACAGGAUCAUUGUGGGAAGGGGGUAUACGUGCUGCUGGCUUUGUGACUAGUGUGUUGCUGAAUGACAAGGUCAAGGGCUCUGUUUCCAAGGAACUUAUGCAUGUGACAGACUGGUUUCCAACACUUAUAAAUCUAGCUGGAGGAAAUUUAAAUGUUACUAAACCUUUAGAUGGAUUCGACCAAUGGAAAUCAAUUAAUGGACUGGAGGGAACACCCCGUUCAGAAAUCCUCAUUGACAUCAAGCCAAUUAAUAAAGAGAAAGUUGUUGACAAAUAUGAUAACAUAUUUAAUUCGACAGUACGAACAGCAAUCAGGAUUGGGCGAUGGAAACUUAUAACUAGUAAAAUAGGUAGCAACGGAACUAAAGAAAAGCCUGUCUGGUUAUUUGAUAUAGUAAAAGACCCAGUUGAAAGACAUAAUUUGGCCAAAAGUUUCCAGAACGAGUGGAAAGCAUGCUUCAAAGAGUUGAAUUUUAUCGUCAAAGAAUGGUACCUUGCCCACUGCCUCCCCGAGACAAACGGGCAAACCCAAAGAAGCGGUCAGGUUUCUGGUUACCAUGGUUAUAACUUAAACAUUAUGUUCCUAAUUUACCUAUAUAUAAGUAUGUGUUUAAACAACGAACUGAUUAUGUAUUAACAAUAAAUC